GGAGGCGGGGAGCGGAGCCAGGCAACGCGCCUCCCUCUCCCGCCUCCCUUCUCCCGCGGCGCCCGGCAGCGGCUCCUGCAGCAUGUUGGGCAGGGUGCGCUCCGCGAUGGCGCAACUCGUCGGGGGCCUGGGGGGCGGAGGAAGCCCCUCGAGCCCGCCGCCCGCCUCGGCCUCCUCCGGCUCGGCGGCGGCGGCGCCUCCGCCCCCUCCGCCGCCCGCUGCCCCCGGGCCCAGCUCCAACACCGCCGCCGCCGCCAGCACCGGUCCCUGCCGGGAACCGCCCCGAAGCAGCUUCUCCAGACCGGCUUUCCUGCAGCUCACGCCCGAGGAGCUUCUGCGGGCGGAUGAUCACACGGGCCGAGCCGUCCAGAGCCCCCGCGAGAGCCGCCGCCGCCGCCUGCCUUGGAGCACCGGCUACGCCGAGGUGAUAAAUGCUGGCAAGAGCCAACACAACGAGGAUCAAGCGUGCUGUGAGGCAGUGUAUGUGGAAAAGAGACGGGCUGUGAGGAAUAACCCAGCCCCCAAGGAAACCUCUGGAGAUCUAGAAGGGGGCACCAAAGGCCUGACUUUUUACUACUGGGGCUUGUUUGAUGGGCAUGCUGGAAGCGGAGCUGCAGUCAUGGCAUCCAAGCUGCUUCACUUCCAGAUCCGUGACCAAUUCCGAGACUUGGUGGACAUCUUGCAAGACUCCUCCCUUCCUCCAAUCUGCCUGGAAGAAGGUCCCAGGACAGUUCUAGGAGAACCAAACAGGGUUCCUCUGGCUGAGGAAGAUGCUGAGGUCCCAAACAAUGCCCUGCCACGCUUCCAUAUGGAAAAGGCCGUUUCCCAUGAGAGUUUGGUGGUGGGAGCUAUUGAGAAUGCAUUCAAGCAGAUGGACAUUCAGAUUGAGCAGGAACGGGUGGCUCGGCAUGCAUCAGGAGGCUGCUGCGCCCUGGCUGCCGUUUAUCUCCUGGGGAAGUUCUACGUGGCCAACGCAGGUGACAGUAGGGCCAUUAUCAUCCGUAAUGGGGAAAUCAUUCCAAUGUCCAGGGAGUUUACUCCAGAGACAGAGAGGCAAAGGCUGCAGUUUUUAGGAUUUUUGAGACCUGAGCUGCUGGGGAAUGAGUUCACUCACCUCGAGUUCCCUCGAAGAAUCCAGCAUAAGGAAGUGGGGAAAAAGAUGCUGUACAGGGACCAAAACAUGAAUGGCUGGGCAUAUAAAAGGAUAGAAGAAGAUGACCUGAAGUUUCCACUUGUUUACGGAGAGGGUAAAAAGGCUCGAAUGAUGGCGACUAUUGGGGUGACGCGGGGUUUGGGUGAUCAUGAUCUCAAGGUGUACAGCUCCAACAUCCACAUCAAACCUUUCCUGUCCUGCACCCCCGAGGUUCGCGUUUAUGACCUCACACAGUAUGAGCACUGCCCUGACGAUGUGCUGGUGCUGGGCACAGAUGGCCUCUGGGAUGUCACCAAUGACCGAGAGGUUGCCAAUGUGGUAUUUGAUGUCCUAAUGGGCUAUGAGCCCAAUGACCCUUGCAGGUACACAAUGGUGGCCCAGGAGUUGGUGGUGAAGUCCAGAGGGGUUCUGAAGGAACGUGGCUGGAGGCUGGCCAAUGACAAGCUGGGCUCUGGAGAUGAUAUCUCUGUCUUUGUUAUUCCCCUUGGUGGUCCAGGAAACUACACCUGAACCUCAGGUCCCAGGGACACAGAGGUCAUGAUUCUAGACUUUAAAAAGAAGAAAAGCCGAGGGAAAGAACCACCACCUUGCAGCAGAACUGGAGACUGUAGAUUCUCCCUACACCUGGAACAUUCAUGAUGCUCUUCCGAAGAGGAUUGGGGGUGGGGGAAUGUAUGACUGCACCUUGGGUCCUUGUCCCACUCUGUCACAGCUUUCUGGGUUCCAGCUAGGGACACAAAGACGUAGCCCUGGUCCACACUUCUGUUAACGGCAAGGAAGUCAAGGAAGUGCCGUUCCUCUCAGGAUUUACACCCAUCGGCCCUGGAGACCUGUAGGAAAACUCGCAUUCCAAGGGUUGCGUUAAAUUUGGACUUCUGGUCACAUGGAAAUGUCCUCUAAAUUGGGUAGCAGCACUGGAGUCUCCCCACAGAAUUUAGCCAUUUUGUGUGUUCUUUAUGCCCAAUUGCCUAGAACGUCUUUCCCUUCCCUUCUAUCCUUGAUCCUUAUUGCUAAAGGGAGCACCAAGCAAGUGUGGCUGAUUGGUUGGUUACCAUUCCUCCGGCUUGCCAUAAGGCGGCCCCUGAAGCUUUCACUCCAAACCACUUGUUGCGUAGUAAGGGAGGGAUGCAUCCAUAGUGGUUUCUUACACUAAUCCUGGAUAUUGCUGUAACUCGGCCAAGUUGGUUGGUUUUUCAUUGAAUGCAUCUCCAAAUGGCAAUGAAGGAAAGGUGCAAAAAUAUUCCUGCCAUAGAAAAUGUCCCUGGAGAAAAUCAGCUGUGCCACUCUUUCACCAGAUGGGGGUGCACUUAGAAGAACAGACAGAAAAAAAUAACUGUGAUGAGACAUCUCUAGUUGGUUUAAACAACUGACCCUUAAAUAAGAAGAUACAGAAAUCUACUGCAGCAUAGGGAGUUACCCCAUCCCAGACUUACGCCCCGGAGAGGUCACUUUGGUGCUGGAAACACAGCAGAAACAUAGAAGACAGCUAUUUCUACAGAGGGAAGAACUAUACUUCUGGUCUGUUCACCUUCCAUGAAAAGUACUGUAAUGCACUUCUUGAGUUGAAGUUCUGCCUCUGAAGCCCAAAGCAUUGAGUACUUUGUUGAGUGAAUAAGAAGCCUUCAAAAUUUGUGCCAGGGAAGAAAUGGAUUCAUUUUUUUAAUGGAACUGUAGUUUUCCACUAGCUGUGUUGUGCAAAAGCAAGAUCAUCCCUAGCCAGGGGAAUUUGCACCUUAAAUUUGCCCUUGUACUCGUAUCUAGCUGUGAGUUAACUGAGUUUUAAGAAGAAAUUAAUUUUAGGCUUCACAAAAAUACCUGCCACCUCUUAAGUGUAGACAGUACACAGUGGGACUUAUUUCUGAGUAGACAGAAAUAUUCUGUUGGGCUGCAGCCCUAUGCACAAUUACUUAGAAGUAAGCCCCUUGGAACUCAGCAGGACUUCUGAGUAAAUGUGCUGUUAUACAGCACAGAUCCUGGAAGGUUGGAUCUCUUUGAAGAGUGUGCCAUUAGUACCCGAGAAAAGAUUAAAGAACCAGCUGAAAAACGGCAACCAUUAAGUUGCCAUCGCUAAGUAAAAGCUGGCUAAGGCUCUUUCUUGCUGGAAAACAUUUUGGUAUUGAUUGUUGUGCUGUCACUUUCUAGUAAUUGUGAUAUGUACCUUGUCACCAGUAAGAGAUGAGAGUCAAGUGAAUGCUUCUCUUGGGAACCAGAGGGGAGGGGUGGGUUUUUAAUUCAAUAAUAAUAAGAAAGUUGUAUCCAGAUCCACACUGUAUGCUAACGAAUCAUAGGUUGGAAGGGACCCUGAGGAUCAUCUAAUUCAACCCUCAGCAGUACAGGAACAUGCAGCUGUCUCUUACUGGGACUGAACCUGCAACCUUGGUGCUAUCAGCACCACACUAUAACUGACUGAGCUAUCCAGCUGAUAUACCCUGCUUCAAGCAUUCAACAGAUUUGUCAAGGAAUAUGUAUAUGCAUAUUUUGUAAAGUAUUAGUUGAGUACUGGGACCCAGGUGGCGCUGUGGUUAAACCACUGAGCCUAGGGCUUGCUGAUCAGAAGGUCGGCGGUUCGAAUCCCUGUGACGGGGUGAGCUCCCGUUGCUUGGUCCCAGCUCCUGCCAACCUAGCAGUUCGAAAGCAUGUCAAAAUGCAAGUAGAUAAAUAGGAACCGCUACAGCGGGAAGGUAAACGGCGUUUCCAUGUGCUGCUCUGGUUUGCCAGAAGCGGCUUUGUCUUGCUGGCCACAUGACCUGGAAGCUAUACGCCGGCUCCCUCGGCCAAUAAUGCGAGAUGAGCGCGCAACCCCAGAGUCGGUCACGACUGGACCUAAUGGUCAGGGGUCCCUUUACCUUUACCAAGUUGAGUACUACAGCACUGUGGUCUAAACCACUGAGCCUCUUCUCCUUGCUGAUCAGAAGGUUGGAGUUCGAAUGCCCGUGACCGAGUGAGCUCCCUUUGCUCUGACCCAGCUCCUGCCAACCUAGCAGUUCGAAAGCAUGCCAGUGCAAGUAGAUAAAUAGGUACUACUGCGGUGGGAAAGUAAACAGCGUUUUCGUGCACCCUGGUUUCCAUCAUGGUGUCCCGUUGCACCAGAAGCGGUUUAGUCAUGCUGGCCACAUGACCCAGAAAUAUGUCUGCAGACAAACGCCGGCUCCCUCGGCCUGAAAUCAAGAUGAGUGCCGCACCCCAUAGUUGCCUUUGACUGGACUUAACCGUCCAGGGGUCCUUUACCUUACCUUUUUACUUGUGCAUAGAGGGCAAGUAAAGUGAAUGGGGCUGUGGGGCCAUGUGUUUGGCCCAAACCCCACAUUCAUUCAUUCUAUUAUUCUUCCACUGCUGGGUUAAGCCCAAUAUCUACACCUAUCUAUAUAGAUAUAUCUAGAUCUUCUCCGUACAUGGGGGCUUCCCAUGGAGUUGGAACUCUUGAGUGUUCAGGGUUCUAAAUCAUGUGAGGAUACUCCACACAGUGAAUAGGUUAGAACAGAGAUGUGGCCCUGCAGCCUUUCUUGCCACCCUAACACAUCAGCGAUGUGUUGUCUUGGCAGCCCAGGACCACCAUAUGUACUGUCCAGGCUUGUGCCCCGGGGAGACUUUGGUGAUGCUACAACUUGGGUGCUGCUAACACAGUGGUUUGGCUUCCCCCUUGGAGGCACACUCCAUUGUCUCUCAAGACAGAUGAAUACUAACAACUAUUUUAUACACAAUUCUCUACUG